AUGAAUAUACUCUGUAUUCUAUCUCCACUCACUCUAUUACUCGCCUACACUUCUGCAUACUCUGUUCCGAUAUCCGACGCUAACGACUUCAGACAAGCCUGUAGCGGUAUUUGGAACAGCAAGAACGCCGAAAUAUCCGUAACCUUUGAGCCGUUUUCUUCAGGUCAGGCUGCAGUUGGAAUUUGGGAGUGGAAUGAUGUUAAUGCACUUGGAAAAUAUCCUCUUGAUGCUGAUCCUACAAUAAUUGCAAAAUCGUACGUAUGUACCACCUCAGCCUUACAAUCCCAGCUUUGCGACGAAAGCGAGUUGGGUAAAUUCAUUGUCGACGAAAGCGUUCUCAAAGAGGGCGUGAAUUCAUCCAUCUGGACAACAGCCGCUCGUUUCAAAGACAUACAAGUUGGUGAAUCUACUGUCAUCUCAGAUAGCGACGCAGACGAGGAUCUUGGCGGUGUUGGGAAGCGUGAACUUUACCCGGCUAACACGGGUCCAUUCGUCUACGAAGUACCUAGACCUGGGUUUUAUUGUGUCGGAUCUAUACCCAUCACACUAUCAGGAUUAAGUGCGAUAGAUGAGUCGAGUAGCCAUGCGUCCUUCUCUGGAAUAGUGACGUUCAACGAUAAAAGAAAAUCAGAGCUUCCUGCAGCUGACAUACCAAAAUUAACUUUUUAUCUCGUGAUGGUUUUUGUUUAUAUCGCUACGGGCUUAGCAUGGGGCUACAUGUGCUAUCAGCACCGUGGACAAUUGCUCAUGGUACAGCAUCUUAUUAGCGGUUUGAUUGGUUUCUUGGUGGCUGAAAUGCUUGUUAAUUGGGGAUACUACAAGCAUCUCGAUAAGAGUGGCAACAACGGCACUGCUACAUUCUUACUAUGUCUUUGCGCGACACUUGCAGCUGUGAGAUCAGCCGCUUCGCUCGGAUUGGUUCUCAGUGUUAGUCUGGGUUGGGCGGUCGUGAAGCCAUCACUUGAUAGAUCACUAAUGCAAAAGAUUAUUGGAUUAGUAUCGGCACAUGCUCUAUUUGGCAUAGUUAACGCGAUCGGUACUGUUAUAAUAAGUUUCGAAGAUGCUUCAAUAUUCUCACUCAUCUUGAUCAUAAUUCCACUUGCUGUGACUCAAUCAAUUGGAUUGUUAUGGACAAUCUACGCCCUUCAAUUCACCAUCAAACAGCUUGAAUCUAAGAAUCAGCAAUUCAAAUUGAAGAUGUAUAAGAAUGUGUAUAGAAUACUGAUAGCAGCACAAGUAAUCAUUAUAUUCUUCUUUGGAUUUGCUACAUUCACUUUCUCAAACAGAUUGGAAGAAAACUACGAGCCAAAUAACUGGAAGUCUAGAUGGUUCUUGAUUGAUGGAUGGACGACGCUACUAUACUACGUAGUGUUGAUCAGUCUGAGCUUCUUGUGGAAACCGUCGUCACACCACUCAAGACUCGCACUGAGUGAGGAAGUCUCAGUUAAUGAGGAGGAUGUUGAAGAGUACGAGAUUGCAGAGAGAGGGUACAACCACCAAGCACAGAACAAUCAAGGCUACUCCAACGUAAACACUAACGAUGACUAUCAUACAGAAGAGACGGUGUUUGCUAUCGAUGACGAAGAUGAAGAUAAUGAGCAGUCUCAGUCUCACAAGAAGAGUGAUGAAUUUGAAAGACAAGCGCGUGAAAGAGAAGAGCUGCUGGGCAAGACAGAUAAGAACGAUUAA